AUGUACUACCUUUUACUGAUAAUUUCGCCCCUGCUGGUACUGGACUCGAACAACUUUGUGGACUUGGCCACGGAGGUUCAGUUGGAACGGUUCGAGCAGCAGGUAGGCUUCCAUUUGGCAAACUUUUCCGGACUUCGGGUACGCAAAUUCAAUCGGACCACCUGGAUACUGGAUGGAGACACCGAACUCUUUGUAGACCUCAGCGAUGAAUACCAAUUCUCGCUUACCUGGGCACAUAGUUCUCUUGGUAACAACCAGUGGAACGACUAUCCGAUGAAGAUCUCCAAGAGCCCCAUGUGCGCUUUUCUUAACGGACCGUACAAAGAAUACCAGCCAUACUUCAUAGAUAACACCAAUUUUCCACGCAUUGGGGAAGAGCGGGUAUGUCCCUUUCCGAAGGGACGUUACUGGGUGCGUAAUUUGGCUCCCGCCGGAGUCUGGAUACCGGAGGCGUUAGCAGGUGGAUAUUGGAGAUUUACUGGCUCGGUAUCCGAUGUCAAUGAUGAAGUUUUAAUUAAGUAUCUUCUGUUCAUGAGGAUUAAGAGAGAGCUUGAUUAA